GAAGCAGGGAGGGCGGAGGACUGCAGGGGUGGGGACCCAGGGAGUGGCGGCGGUCCGGAGUCUAGGCGACGGGGCGUGACGGGGCCGGAAGGUGGCGGGAGGGGGCCGGGCCGGAGCCGGCCGGAGGGCCAGGGCCGGAGGCCCUCACCCUGGCGUGCCCGCCCCCUCCGCGGCAGAGGAGGAAGAGGAGGAUGAUCUCCAGAUACACUCGGAAAGCAGUGCCUCAGAACUUGGAGCUGAAAGGAAUAACAAAACAUGCUAUUAGUCAUCAUCCUCUUCCAGAGCAGCUAGAUGAAAUUUCUUCUACCAAUGAAAGCCAUGAAAAAGACACAAGUUCCCAAAGUGAGUCUGACAUCACACAAGAAUCGCCUUUUACAUCAGCUGACACUGGGAAUUCAAGAUCUGCUUUUCCAAGCUAUACAGGCACAGGGAUCUCUACAGAAGGCAGCUCAGACUUCUCCUGGGGCUAUGGUGAACUUGAUCAAAAUGCCACUGAAAAAGUCCAGGCAAUGUUCACAGCCAUUGAUGAGCUCUUAUAUGAGCAGAAGUUGAGUGUGCAUACUAAGAGUCUACAAGAAGAGUGCCAACAAUGGACAUGUAGCUUUCCUCACCUCAGGAUUCUGGGUAGGCAGAUAAUCACUCCAAGUGAAGGUUAUGGACUGUAUCCUAGAUCCCCUUCUGUUGUUUCAGCUUCACAUGAGGCAACACUUUCUCAAGAAAGAGAUUCUACUAUAUUUGGUAUUAGGGGAAAGAAGUUACAUUUUUCAUCUUCUUAUGCUCAUAAAGCAUCUUCCAUUGCCAAAUCCCCUAGUUUGUAUUCUAUGGAGAGAGAAGAGGAAGACUGUGUAAUCUUUUCUGAAGGAAUAAUAGAGGAAUACCUAGCCUUCGACCACACUGAUAUGGAAGAGGGGUUUCAAGGAAAGAAAUUACAAGCAGCUCCAGAGAAACAGAAAUUAGGAUACCCUCCCAUUGCUCCAUUUUACUGCAUGAAAGAGGAUGUCCUUGCUUAUGUGUUUGACGACGUAUGGAGCAAGGUUCUGAAUUGUAUGGAGCAGCUGACACGUAGUCAUUGGGAGGGAUUGGCUUCUGAUGAUGAGAGUAAUGUUGCAAUCACCAGACCAGCUUCAGAAAGCCCCUGCAUGCUGAGUGAACCACAACCUUUGGUGUUACCUCGAGUGCCACAGUUGAAGGUGCUGUCCAUCACCUCAAAUCCAAUGAAUCUCUGUCAAGCAGCAAGUGGUCAUCAGCCAAAUGUGAAUGGUCUCUUGGUUCAUGGGAUGCCUCUACAGCCAAGAAAUCUCUCCCUAAUGGACAAGCUACUAGAUCUUGAUGACAAGUUACUUAUGAGACCUGGAUCCAGUACCAUUCUUUCAACUCGAAAUUGGCCAAAUCGAGCCCUGGAGCUUAGUACAUCAGCUCUAUCAUACACAGUACAGUCUUCCAGGAGACGCAAUCCCCCACCACGUACCCUUCAUCCCAUCGGCACAAGCCAUUCACGCGCUGGAACGCCAAGACCUGUGGAAGAAAUACUCAGAGGAUCCCGAGUCCCAGUAGCCGCUGACUCACUCUCUCCCUCACCAAUGCCCCUGAGCCGAAACAAUCUGCUGCCCCCUAUUGGCACAGCUGACGUGGAACACUUGAGCACCGUGGGGCCACAAAGGCAAAUGAAAACCCACAGCGACUCCAGUCGAGCUCGAAGUGCGGUGGUGGAUGAGCCUAACCAUCAGCAGCCCCAGGAGAGGCUCCUUCUACCAGACUUCUUCUCCAGGCCCAACACAACUCAAUCAUUUUUGCCAGAUACACAGUAUCAUCAUUCGUGUGCUGUUGAGUAUCCUCAUCAGGCCCGACCUGGUAGAGGAUCUGCAGUGACAGGUCCUCAGUUACAUGGGUCUACAAAAUCUCAGAACAGAGGUGGACCAGUCUCUAGAAGCAGGCAGGGGCCAUAGGGGAAAUGAGAAGAAACUGCUUCAGGCUGCAGGGAACAACGUGAGAAAAAUUCAUGAAUCAGUGUUCAGUCAUCUUGUGACACAAAGCUUGUAUACAAGAGACCACUUAAAACCGUCUUCAUGAAGUGUUAAUCUGGUAUAACUGAC